GUAAAUCUCGCGCAAGGAAGCCCCUUCUGGCGCGCCAAAUUUCAAAGGACUUCCUGGGAAAAGGACGCGAAAACAGGAACAACAGCGAUUAAAUAAAGAAUAAAUACCCCAGUUUGCAAUUCCAUUUUCUCGAUAAAAAAGGUGGUGGAACAUAAUCUGGCAAGACCGAACACUUCUCGCGGAGGCAACUUUAUGAUUCAUCUCAUUUGUGACCUACAGACAAACCCCAAUGAAACGUCACUGUGGUAGCUGUAGAGUAAACGAAUGUUAACAAGAUAAUUUUAGGCACCCUGUAGCACUGUCAAUUUUCGCCAAACUGUUACAUGCAGUUACCUGUUGGUAAUGCUUGUGUAGACAUGUACACACAUGACAUUGUGCUCGCUUUUUAAACCUAUUUUUAAAGUUGUCACCAUUUUAAAAAACAAAAAACAUGUACCGUACUUCAAUGAAAACCAAUCACAUAUCUAAUUAAGCUCAGCUCAAGUCAGGGCUUUAUUCUGGCGGACUCGGUCGGGUGUGGGAGGGGUUGUAGGGAGCUGCGAUGCGGUCCGAAGUGCAGCCCUGCUUUCAGCUGCUGAGAAUUGGCUCUUCCAUGUCCAAUGGCAACGCUCUACCGGACUCAUCCCGGGACUUGUACACUUUUCGGCCUGCACUCACUCACUCGGUGUUCAGGCUCGGCCGUGCAGCAGAACUGUGCGAUGUGACCCUGGAUGCUGCCAACGUGUCUCGAAUCCAUGCAGAGCUAUACGCCGAAAAGGAGAGCGUUAUAAAUGGAGAGGAGGGCUGGAAAGUGCGGGUUAAGGAUCGAAGCAGCUAUGGCACUUGGGUCAAUGAUGCACGUUUGCAGUCUGGUGUCCACUGGGAACUUUCAGAUGGUGACACCCUUGCUUUUGGUGGGCAGUCGGAACAAGGGAGCCCAGAGUUCUAUUUCCUGUUCCAGAAAGUUUGUGUGCGGCCACUUGACUUUGAUGCCAUUACCCUCCCGAAGGCGGGCUCUUUCUCCUCGGACCUCCAGAACCGCAUGAGGACCAGCCUAGAAGGCAAGGUGGAGCCCAACCUGGAUAUUUCCAGCCUGUCCAUCAAGCGUGCCACCGUCAUCCUCAACUCCAUCGGCAGCUUGAGCAAGAUGAACGGCAGCUGCUGGACAUUCCGCCGGGCCGACAGCACGCCCACCCCGACCUCCAGCCGGGUCAGCAGCCCAACGCCCCACUCACUGGUCCCCCCCUCCACCCCGCCUCCUCCGGCAGCUCCGCUGGCAACCUCCUGCAGCACGUCGGCCAAGAGUCGCCGCAAGUCGGCCCACACGGUGCUCUUGGAGGACGAUAGCACAGACGAUCAGGGGAAUGUAUCGACGGCUGGAGAGGCCAGGCUUCGCGGGCGGAAGAGGCGCCGCCUCUAUAAGUCUGAGUCUGAGUGCUUCCAGCCCCCUUUGGCCAAGCCCGAGCCCAGAGCUGCACCACGGCCCAACGUCAACAUCACCGCCUAUAACAAUCAUUCUAACUCUAACAAUCACAGCGAGACCAAACUUGGCCAGCACCUCAACGCCAACGUGCACAUGCGACGCAACAACGUCGACCCCGUCUGUAAUCGCGGUAACGGGGGCAGAGGCGCCCCUGUGUUCCGCCAGCGGGAGCUGAAGGGCCUGUCUCCGGCAUCACGGGGCAGGAGGAGGUCUGCGCCUUCGCCCAUGUACUCCCCCCUGGUGGUGGGAGGAGAAAACUACCACCUGGCCUCGCCCUCCCUGAGGCUGGCCAGAGGAGGCAGGGAGAGGAACCAGUUCUCCCGCUUUCAUGUAACUACAGGGAAGCGGCGUGGCCGACCCAGGAAGCACCCUCUCCCUCCACGCCCAUCCCUCCCCUCCCCUACUUCCUCCUCCUCCUCUUCAUCCUCCUCCUCAUCUUCAUCCUCAUCAUCCUCCUCUUCAGACGACGACGACGAAGAUGAUGACGACGAGGAAGAGGAGAGGGCUCAGGUGGGAGGCGGUGAGGCAUGUGCGGCUGGCUUGCGCUGUCGGCUGCCCCAACAGGACACGGUGCAGUGGAUCCAGUGCGACGACUGCGAUGGCUGGUACCACGUGGACUGCCUGCGUUGCACCCGUGCUUCGCUCCUGAUCGACCCAAACGCCGACUUUCACUGCGGCUGCUGCUAAGGCUUCACCCUCCACCCCUUCACCCACACACAUAAAAAUCGGCCUGCUUCUAUAUAGUAAGACCUGCCCCACUGACUUGUACAGAGGCUGCUGCUACCAGUUAUUUCCACCUUGUCUUCUUAUCGGCACACACUGAAAUAUGACUCGUUUCCCUAUUGUAUGUGCUCCCAGCCCACUCUGUGCAGUAGAUACACAUAAACACACACAAAGUACAAAGUCCCCCGUUUUAAGACUAUCAGACUUGAGCACCACCAUUGGUGCCACACACUCACUCCACAGAGCCACUUUCAUCAGUGAAACUGUUUAUCUCCUAACAUUUUCUGAUGUAAUACGUUUUAACACACACACACACACACACACAC